CAAACUCAAGGCUUCGGAUACUUGGAAUCCAAGGAAGUAGCGGAGCCAUUUAACAGUCUGUGAGCCUCUUCACGGUUCAGAUCCCUCACCCGAGCUCCGCAGGAGAAGAAUUUAGGCAUGGCUUCCACCUGCAACGACUCCCCAUCGUUCAAGAUCAUACUUGGGUCCUCGUCGCCGGCGCGCCGCGCGAUCCUGUCAGACAUGGGAUACGAGUUCACGGUCAUGAGCGCUGACAUCGACGAGAAGGCCAUCAGGAGGGAGACGCCGGAGGAGCUGGUCAAGGCCUUGGCCGAAGCCAAGGCGGACGCCAUUCAACUGAACCUUGCUGACGGCUGUGCUGAUCGAGGCAGCAGAGAUCGACCUACCCUUCUGAUCACUUCUGACCAGGUUAAGGUGAGCAAAGGGAUGAUACGGGAGAGGCCGACGAGCACGGAGGAAGCCAGGGAAUUCAUCAAGGGGUACUCGGGUGAUGUAGCAUUUGCAAUGAACUAUGUUCUGGUGACCAACCUGAGCACCGGGGGUAGGAAAGGGGGGUGGGAUAUACCUGAGAUCUGUUUUCACCACAUACCAGACGAGUUCAUCGAAAAAGUCGUGAAGGAAGGAGGCAUGACUUGCGUGGCUGGGGGCCUCAGGUUGAUGCAUCCAUCAUCUUUGCCGUUCAUCAAGGAACUAGUUGGUACGGUGGAUAGCGUUCGAGGACUUCCAAGAAACCUCACCGAGAAGCUCAUUCGAGAAUCCCUACAAGAAACCGUUGAAAUGUAGGAUGUCGUUAUUCUCAUUAUUAUUCAAAUCUUACAAGGAGAUAAGAUGUGUACAAUCUAGGACUCUUGCUCCUUGUUGUAUAUUAGAACAAUAGAACAACCCAAUGUAUUCAAGUAAGAGUCCACAAACAAUUGCUUGAUAAAGGAGGAAGGCCCCGGAUAGGGCGGGUUUCUAACUCUCCUUAAAUUGUUACUCAUAGUAUAUCUAAAUAUGAUAAAACACAUAAAACCCUUCCG